UCGUAUCUUCCCUUCGCGGUUGCAGGUCUGCCCGCCCACCCCACGGUUGCUGUGCGCAGAAAAGGAACUGCGCAGCACUGCAACAGGGUAGAGGGGGGUUUAACACGGGGCAGACGGCAGAAGAACCAGGGCCCUGGUAACGUUAAAAUUACAACCAACUCUUGUUCUUUACAGACAUGACAGCAACUAUUAUUUCUCCUUUCCACGAGUACAGAGGAGUCACUGAGAAGAGUAACAAGAUGUUGAACUAUAGCAGCGACAACAGUCUUGGUGGACUUAAGUUGACAUCUGCCCCAUGCUCCAGUGCCACCCUCUCCUCCUGCACCCCCACUGGUUCCCUGUUGGACAUGAAGGUGGUGGGGGAUACCUCUCCAGGAGCCCUCUUCCAACGCCGCCACUCAGUCAGCCUCCCCAGUACAAAGUUCAGCCAGAACCAGUCUGUCAGCGGCCUUAAAAUUGAUCCCUCUGGCUUGGGUAGCAGCUGCAGUGGCAACAACAAGGAGAACCGCUUCCGUGGGCGCUCUUACUCAGAGCUGGGGGACAGGUUGCGUCCCAGCAGUCAGGCAUGGGGGGGUGGAACCAGCCAAGUCAACUCAAGCCGAUAUAAGACAGAGCUGUGCCGGCCCUAUGAGGAGAAUGGCACCUGUAAAUAUGGAGAUAAGUGCCAGUUUGCCCAUGGCAUACAUGAGCUGCGCAACCUGAGCCGUCACCCAAAGUACAAGACUGAGCUGUGCCGCACCUUCCACACCAUCAGUUUCUGCCCAUACGGCCCCCGCUGCCACUUCAUCCACAAUGAAGAAGAGCACAAUGGGUCCCAUCCUCUCUCUGCCUUUAAUAAGAUGGAACGCCCUCGGCUGCAGCACAGUUUCAGCUUCGCAGGCUUCCCCAGCUCCAGCAGCUGGCAGGGCAACCCCAUCUCACUCGCACCUUCACCUAUGUUCUCUACUGAAGAUCUGACAGAUUGGCAGAGCAGCCCCUUCACCUACUCCAGCCAGGAGCUUGCCAGCCUGUUCAGCCCAAGUUUGGGGGCCCCACCUGUGUUUGAGCCAGACAGUCUGGCCACUCCUUCUCCAACCACCAAUUGCUUUUUCCAGUGCACACCAGAGAGCCCCCCUAGCCCUCCAGCCUCUCUGUCUGACAAGGAGGGCUACCAGAGCAGCCUGGGCAGUCAGAGUGACCCUGAGUCCUCCCUCCUAGAUUCCUCCCGCCGCCUCCCCAUCUUCAUCACACUCUCUGUUUCUGAUGAUUGAGUGUCUGCAUCCCUGGGACUGAAAUGGGAGUGAUAUGAAGAAUUGGGGAGGGAGGGCGCAAGAUAGAGUAAGAUGAAGAGCAUUUACCAACCUCAUUCGCUCCUCGUCUGAACUCUGUUUACAGGAGAAGCAGAUCACUCUGUGCACUGUUGUAAACAGUGAAUCACAUCAGAGAACUGGAUGGCUUCUCUUGCUUAAGGAUAUUUUUUUUUACCUUUAAGGAGACCCUGCCUCUUACACUCUAAAUCCAGAUGAAGUGUCUUAAAUAUAAUGAACAGUUUGUUCCUUUUUGUACAGUACAGGCCCUGCACUGGUGCCUUGAUGGGAUGAAUGUGAAAAAGAGUUCAGAGAUCUCAUUAUAAAGUAGUUUAAUAUGACUUAAGUACAGUAGCAGUGUCAAUGGGGGUGAGGUGUGUAUGUUCACUACUGGGCGUCUGUGCUGUACUCAAUGUUGUCAGGAGGCUAUUAUUAUUAUUAUUAUUAUUAUU